AUGAACGAGGCCGGCUUCAUGCACCGGGAUAUCAAGCCGGACAACGUGCUCGUCGACGAGCACGGCAAUGUCAAGAUCUGCGACCUCGGGUUCGCGCGCACCAAGGCGGGGUCUCCGCCGCCGUUCUCGAACCCCGUCGCCGCGCUGCUGUACCGCGCGCCGGAGGUGCUGCUCGAGUCGACGACCUACGACGAGACGGUCGACACGUGGGCGCUCGGGUGCCUCAUGGCGCUGCUCCUCGCCGGCAACCCCCUCUUCUACGGGAAGACCGAGGUGGAGAUGCUCCGCGCCAUCCUGGACGUCCUUGGGAUGGACGACCUGACCAGGUGGAGGGGCUAUGCGAACUGCAUGAUAAAAAAGUCGAAGAUGCGGUUCGUCCGCCGGGACAGCCGUCUGCGCGAGAUGUUCCCGAUUCCCGGGAUGAUAGGUGGCGGCGGCCGUCGGCCAGAGCUGUCGCCGGCAGGGUUCGAGGUGCUGAAAGGGUUGCUGAGCUGCAACCCGGAGAGGAGGAUGACGGCGGCAGAGGCUCUCGAGCAGAGGUGGUUCGAGAGUUGA